AUGAGGUUCUCACAUAUCCUCCCUCUGGCUGCCUUGAGCGCCGCCUUCGUCGUUCCAAAUGAGCAGGUCUUCAGCGAACUGUCAAUCGACGACACUACCCAUGCUCGUGCAAAUCAGGGAGCCUGGCCAGAGCAGGUUCUUUCUGAGUUGAAGAACGACUUCGUCGAAGCCGAGAAGGGUAUCAAGGAGGCAUCAAACAAUGCAAAGCACGCCCUCGAUGAGGCCUUCAGCUCUGCAUCCGACUUUGGAAGCUCAAUGACCACCAAGUUCCAGGAAACUGCUUUCGAUGCUAAGUCUUGGUUCGAGUCUGCUGCCAACAACGCAUACGAUGCUUUGGACAGCCAUGANCGAGCACCCACACCCUCCCUCACCACGGUGAACCUCCUCACCACCCUCCCUCACCACGGAGGCCCUCACCAUGGCCACAAGCCCAAUGAAACCGUCUGGCAGCUGCUCAGCUCUUCCAAGUACACCGAGAAGUUCUCUAAGCUCAUCAGCGAGUACCCCGACAUCGUUGAGAAGUUGAACUCCACCGAUUCUGGCAACUUCACUGUCUUCGCCCCCAAGGACACUGCUUUCCCUGACCACCCUCCUCACCACAAGCCCAGCAAGGAGAUGAUCAAGAAGUUCAUCGAGUACCACAUCAGCGACGACUUCUACCCUGCUGGUAGAGUCCUCAUUACUCACACUAUCCCUACUCUCAUGGAUGGUGAACACUUGCCCGGUAAGGCUUCUCAGAGACUUAGCGUUCACCUCGGUCUCAGAGGCUUGACCAUCAACUUCUACUCCCGUAUUGUUGCCGUCAACAUUUUCGGUACAAACGGAGUCAUCCACGGAGUUGACAACCUCCUUAUUCCUCCUCCAAGAGCAUUCAAGAUCAUUGAUCUCUUGCCUUCUGAGUUCUCCACUUUCGAGUUGGCUCUUGGCAAGACUGGUCUCCUUGACGCCUACAACAGCACCGACCAUCCCAGCGGUACUCUGUUCGCCCCUUCCAACUUCGCCUUCCAGAAGCUUGGCCCCAAAAUCAACGGCUUCUUGUUCAGCGAGUACGGUCGCAAGUACCUUAAGGCUCUGAUCCUCUACCACGCUGAGGGACACGACGGUAUUCCCAAGGGACACUGGCACGUCGACUUGCCUACUGCCCUUGAAGACCACUCCUUGUCGGUUGAUGUUGGCAGAUACGGUGGCCUCAUUGACAUCAAGGUCAAUGCCUUCUCUCGCGUCAGCGUCCAGGAUGGUAUCGCCGCCGAUGGUGUCAUCCAGGUCGUCAGCGACGUCUUGAUCCCUCCCAAGAAGCUCGGUAGCGCUAAGCUCAGAAGCUUCAACUGGUUCGGUUCUGAGAAGGAGCUUACUCUUGAAGAGUUCAAGGCUAGAUUUGAGCCUUACGUCGAGAGAAUGAUCGACCUCUAA